GCAUGAUUGUAGGCAAUUUAAAAUUUUUAUUCUCAUUUCUCCAUAGUUAGCUCAUAAGUCAUAAAUGUUAAUUGUAUGUACGUACGUCGGUGUUUGCAUUUAAUGUUGUGAUUCUGUACAACAAAUAAUACGCUGCUAUUACGGUGCCCUGUGAUGGAGCUGGUCUCAUUCAUUAAGGGGUUGCUCCACAACGUAGCGGAGUAUGCGGCGAGUUACCGAGUCGGUCAGUCGGUGUUACGGUACGCCGACAAGGCCCUGUGGACGGUAGAGAAGGGUGCCAGAUGGGCUGUUCCGCCACCAUUGGACCAGGAUGACAGGCCCCAGCCAGAGCUGAUAAGGCCUCUGCCGUGGUUGUUCUUCCUGCUGAUGCUGAUCGCUCUCAGAAUAGUUCGUGAGGUGAUUUCAUUGUGCAACUUAGCCUUUGGGAAGCCACCCUUCAGGUCAGCCGACAUGGUAACCUACAUCCAAGGCAAGCGUCGUUACCUGCGCACGUUGAAGUACCAGGGUAACAGGAUAAUGCGCGCACGAUAUGAACCGAGCAGGGAGAGUUGGCGGAGCAGUUUGUACUCACUGUUUGAGUUCACAAUGUGCUUCCGGAGACAGCACUGUACUAACAAUAAUACCACGCUGUUGAGCAACAACGAUGAAGUGUUGAUUGUAAAGCGCACGAAAUCAGGCAGAUCGGGCCAGAGCGCUGUCACAUCGCCUCUGACGUCACCGGUGACGUCAUGCAGCGAAACAAGCAUGGAGCGACUCAUUGAGAAGAUGAUGGUUGACCUCGAUGCUGACUCUGAUGACUCCAAUAGCUACGCGUUAACAAACGGAACGAGUGCCAGGUCUUCAGAAACGGAGUCAGAUCACGAAGGAAACGUUACCAGCAUCAACACAACAGCGAUGAACACUCUAAAUAAAACCAUUACCAACAUCACCGACAAAGAUGAAAUCCAUACGUCCACGCCGCAUAAAUCUCAUUCGCAUUUGGGUGAUGAGUUAUCUGCUAUCGCCGAUCCGAGCUAUGAUACUGUCAAUUUUCUAUACCAUGAGAGGAACGGGCAGUCCAGUUGCAAGAUUGAAAAUGGCGGGCCGACUUAUUCACCUGUUACAGAGAGAAGAGUAGAAGCAGAGCUCAUCCACUGAUCACACUUUGCCAUGAUGGGUGCUGGUGUUCACACUUCAAAACACAAUCUAGUUAAAGUUGUAACUUAGUUAAGUUUUAAUUGUAGUUAGUUUUGCUAUGAUUCCCCCCGUGCAAUGAACAAAAAUCUUAAUAUAUAUAUCAAAAAUUUAUUGUUAUUCGGUAAAAGUCAAGAAAGUGUUUUACACUGUUUUAAAAAUACUUUAUUUCCCUGUAAUAACUGUCCGUAAAAACUACUUUGACUACAUUUGAUUGAGUUUAUUUGCGGUGGGGAAAUAUAUUUAUUCACUAUUAAUAUGGAGUAAUUUAUGAGUCUGCCUCAAAUAGUGAUAGCAACGUUGCGAUUCCUUAUAUUAUAUGACUGUGCAAUUUUAUUUAUAAACAUUUUGGCGGCUAUUUAAAAAUGUUCCUAUUUUUAUUUGGAUAUUGGCUGUGGAAAUCUAUAACUAGAUAAAUUGAAAAUACUGUUAUGGUUCUGAUGAAAUAUGUUAAAGAAUAUUAUAAGAAUCUGUUCUCAUAUUUUGAAAAUAUAUUUAUUGCGCGUAUCAUAUUUCUAAAAAUCGCCACCAGAGGCGCUGUUUCAAUCUGUACAAUAUCUGUAUGAUGCUGUUAUCCGUUAAUAUAAUAUUCUUUCUUAUUUUCUAUAAAAUAACAAUAAGGUUGUAAAAAUAAUACAUAUGUAAGUAAUUCUUUCUUAAAAUGAACUAUUUAUUCAUAUUUCCAUAGUUUAUUCCAGUGUUUCCCAAAUAUUGUUCUGCAAUAGCCCGGUAAUUUUCACACUGCCCCUUCGUGAAUAAUUUAAGAACCCAAGCUGGUUCAAUUAGGUAAAAUAAUACAAUAUAUAUAUACUGAGUCACUAAAUUUUACUGCAAAGUAGCUAUGGAGCUGUUUUUUUUACUAAUGAAUCCGGAAGUUAGCGGAAAAUAGUAAUAGUAAGGUACAUUUUUAAAACAAGGCGAGAAUGUUUCGACCCGGUAUUUUAUUAUGAUGGCCCGGUACAGUAGGCCGAGACCCGGCCAAUGGGAAACGCUCGCUCAUACUUUAUUUAUUAAAAGGCAUAACAAUAUUCCUUUAUAAGGCUUUAUUAAAUUUGGACCAGGUUUAAAUAAGAAUGUUUCAUCCCAUGCGUUAUAUGGUAAAUGAGAAAUAAAUAGAAUAUGUAUUGUUAAAUAUAUUGUAUGAUUUUUAGUUGUGUAUGAAAUUAAAAAAAAAUUUGGUGCUUUUCUUACUUGUGGCUAUGAGAUUAGUUUGAUUUCUGUAAUUUAUAAUAAAAACGCAGGGUUAUAAUUGAUAUAUGUUAUAUAUUGAUACAUUUUAUAUUUAUUUUAAUUGUAUGACACAAAAGCUAGAGGUGAUUAUAAUUUGAGGAUCCUCGGCAGGGUUUGAUGUUGAAUUUAAUUCGGUUGGCAUACUUUUGCAUUCAACAAGUAAUUUGAUUUUGCUAAGUUAAGUUAAGAAAAGAGAUAUUUGUAUUUUUUGAAAGAUUACUUUGAUAUUCUCUCUCAAAAUUUCCUACUUCUUUUUAUCUUUCAUUUCAUAGUAUCAUAUCACAAAGUCAGAGUCUACCAUCAAUUCGGCUGAGAAAUACCUUAGAAUACCCAUCAAAAGCCUGAGAUGUUAGGGUUCGCCCCACUCCUAAGAAGAGGAAUUGUAGAUGGAAGGGAUGGCACUUUUGUCUGUAGGUUGCUUAGGAUAAGCAUUAUUUGGGCGGUUUAUGCCACCCAUAGACCAAAAAGGGCAAUAAUAACAUGACAAUGCAAACUAAUUAAUUUAAAAUAAUAAUUAUUUUAUUGUUUUAUAAUAAGAUAUUGAACAUCUGUAUAAUAUUCGUUUACUUAGCGCGCGCAAAAUGGAUUAUUAUUUAUGUAAGUGCACAUCAAAUUGUUAAACUUUUACAAAAGACUCUCGUUUUAAAAUACAUUCGAUUAAUUGCUUAAUUAAUUGUUUGGAAGCACCAAGGCUGAAUCAUAUUUUUUUUAAUUUAAUAAAACAUGUUAUAUUUUACCAAAAAAACAUGCUUAGAUCAUUUAUACGUCUAGAUAGACUAUGAAAGCUGUGAAAACGUCGAAAAAAAUGAAUUUAGAACUAACCUCUAUUUUGAGCAAUGCACGCACACUAAUACAAAGUGUCAUACAAAUCCAAAGACGUAGCUUGUCACGCACACUAAGCUAAUAUUCCUCGCCUAUUUUAUCGGUUGUCUAACAGCAAGCGACUGUCCAGACGUAUAAAUUAUCUAAGAAAAUACACAGGUGUCCCAAAGUUAUGGGACAUGAAGGGAAAGUACCUUAAAUAUCGCAGAUAGGGUAUUUUACUGAAAGAAGACUUUAUAUGUUAUUUUUAAAAGUAAGUAAUUCUGCAUUCAAAGAUUUUCUAAAAAUUACUUGCCUCGUCUGGGAAUUCUCGACUUAUAUGUAAAAAAACACCCCUACUUUUAUGAUACAUUAUCAGAUAUGAGAAAGUAGUCAAAAAAAAGUCAAAAGGGUAUUUUUGUGGGUGGUAAAUUUAUUAAUUAAAUGCUCAAAAUGUGAUCCCUCUUGUCUUACGCAAAUAUGAGAAAGUAGUAAAUUAAGUGAUUUAAGGUUACUUUCCCUUCAUGUCCCAUAACUUUGGGACGCCCUGUAAAUAGGAUGAUAUUUAGAAUAUUUUAUGCUACUAUAAAGAAUCUAUAAGUAUUUCUACAAUAUUCUGUAGGUAUACUUUUCUAAACAUUCUCAUUUAUAACAAUCAGGAUUCUCUAGAUGAAAUAGAUAUACUUGUUUCAUAUAAGAUUUAGAUGACUAAAUAACUACUAUUAAAAUAAUGUUUGUAAAUGUAUAAUCAUUAAUAUCACUCAUUGUAUGGAUGUAUAAUUCUAAAGAAAUCAGAUUAUUUUUAAAUUUUGCAUUUGGAGGGUAGUCGUAAAAUUUAUGUAUACUCGCCUUAACAUUUCCAAAGCUUGGGCUGUGUCUAACAAAUAAGACUGAAGAAAAAUCAGCUUGAGCAAUCAUAUUUCGAUGUAUCUACAAAUAUUUUAUAGUUAUUUAUAAUUUAUUUUUGUAUAAUUUUUUUAAAUUUGUAACAUUUUAAAUAAAAAGAUAAUGGAAA